AUUACGAAGCGGAUUUUUGCCUAGAAACUUCCACUCAAGAUUACUAUUCAAUAUGUAUAUUAUUUAACGUUCAAUACAAACUAUCACACUCUUUCACGGGCAUAUCUAUUUCUUUCUUUCUUUCAUAUUGUGCUGUGAACCAUAACAAAAACCAUAAUCAUAUACUCUUACGAAUCUUGGAAGCUAGCGAUCAUUGACACCGAAGUCAGCAUGUCUACUAACCUCCAAGAUCCAGUCUCUAUAACCAUCACACAUCAUGGGAAACCCCAUACAUUCUCUCUGCCUUCCACGGCGACAAUCACAGACCUCUCCGAUUCCAUCGCAGCCACUCUCUCGAUUCCGCCUUCAAACCAAAAACUCAUGGUUUCCAAACUCGGGCUUUUGAAACACCCCUUCCAAGACCCUUCUCUCUCAAUAACAACCCUCGCCGAUAAAAAGAUAACGCUGAUGGGUAGCACCGUCGCCGAAGCAUCUUCAGUCGCCGCAGGUGCGCUCGCUGCAUCUCGUACUGUCAACGGACCUGGAUCGAGCACGAAGCAGAAAGUAUCCGCAUACAAAACAAGAGAUUGGAAGAAAGAACAAGAGGAAGCACAAUAUACAUUCCAAACUCUCCGACCUCUCCCUUAUCUCCCCAAUCCAUCAAAAUCCCUCCAGUUCCUUCAACGCCUCAAGGAUGAUGCGGGUAUCAAGGCAGCUAUGCGCAAACAUAAAUUCACAGUUCCCCUCCUUACGGAAAUGAACCCGAUUGAACAUACAACUUCCAAUCACGAAGGCACAUCUCGUACGCUGGGACUCAAUAGAAAUCAAGGGGAGGUAAUAGAGUUGAGAUUACGGACCGAUGCAUAUGAUGGGUAUAGAGAUUACAAAACUAUUCGCAAAACUCUGUGUCACGAAUUGGCGCAUAAUGUAUGGGGACCCCAUGAUAGAAACUUCUGGAAUCUAUGUAAACAGAUAGAAAAGGAAGUUGAGGGGAAUGAUUGGAGGAGUGGCGGUCAUGCUGUUGGAGAGGAAGAAUAUCAUGGGGGGGAGGAGGUAGAUGAUCAUGGAGGAUGGACCGGUGGGGAAUUUGUCCUGGGAGUCGGGGGUGCGGGUGCUGCAGAGAGUACGGGUGCAAGCUCAGUUUCUGGUCAAGGAAUGAGUCGAAGAGAAAUAUUGGCAAAGGCGGCUGAGGAGAGAAUGAGGAAGAUUAGGGAACAGAGUGGAGGUGAAGGAUCAAAUGCGGGUGGAGGUGCUUCUUGAUAUACUCGGUGCAUUUGGUUUAUUUUGGUAAUUGGCGUGCUUUUAGCGAUGGCGUUUGUGUUGAUUAGGUCUGAGUUUUUGAGCAGUUCUCAAUCAUAUUCUUAGCGCGGUGCAUAUGGGCAUUGGCAUUGAUUAAGCAGAUCAAUAGAAUAAUCUAAUUUCAUAAACUUAUGAGUCCAUUCGGUUCAAGAUAUCUGGCAAUACAGUCUAUAUUGCUAUUAGUUUGUGUAGUUUCGCAAGACAAUUGGGAUAUUUGGGAGAUGCUCCCUAGGCAUAGAAUUUUGGUGAAGUAGUAGUCACUUUUUGAUCAUGCAUUUAUCUUGAUUGUUUCUUCUUUAAGCUUUUCUCAGUUUAGCUUUCCCAGUUCUCCUUAGAUGAAUCAGUGAUGAACUGGUAUUUGCUGUGAGUGGGUACUCGGUAGAGGAGAAGUAAGAGAUAUCAAUGUCCAAAGGAAACAGUUAGUGGACUUGCUGUAGUAGUCACAAGGGUGUGAUGUGAUUGAUAGUCAAGUGAAGUUCUGAUGCCCGUGUUCAUGCGCUUUUGCUGGAAGGGUUGGUGAAGGAAUAUGCAAGCAUCUACCUAGUUAUGGUGGGCAUUGUAUUCUGGUAUCUAUGAUUGCAUUUUUAAUCUGGAUUUGGAACGCCUCUUUGCUUAAUUUGAUGUAGUAGUUUGAUGGGGUCGUCUUGGUUAAGGAGGGAGACUGGAGAUUUCUGACUUUUAGUGUGUGGAGAAGUGAAGUGAGGUUCUGACAAUCCUUGUUUUGAUGGAGAUGUUCUGAUAGUGAAUUUUAUGAUUUAUGAGAUGUAUUUGAUACGGAAUAAUAUAAGCAAGUUCUUUUUAAACUUGAAACUGGAGUUAUGAAAGCCCUUAACAUUUUUAAGCAUAUAGUC